UUACAACAACCCUGUGAAGUAGAUUAGUCGGACCGAGGGUGGUGGACCUAAAGUUAAGAAGAUGUUUCCUCUUCCACGUUAUGAUUGCCACAGAGAGAGGAAAAUGCAGCACCGGGCUUUCGUGAGGGAGUUCACUGGAGAAGAUGUCCCAGAGCUAGACCUGGGUAAGAAGGUUAGCAUCCCUCAGGACUUGAUGAUGGAAGAGCUGUCCCUACCAAUAAACAGGGGUUCCAGGCUUUACCAGCAGAGGCAGAAGAGGGUGCAGCAGUUUGUGUUGGAAUACCCUACAAGUUACAGAAUUGCUUCAAACAGAACAGCAGCAGGCAGCUUGCAUCCAAUCUACGAGGCAGAUGGAAUAACAAAUGGGCAGAUGCCUCUUCAUAAUGCAGAAGGGAAGGAGAAUUAUCCCACAGAGCUUCAUGGGGCAGCCUCAGGAAAGCAGGCACCCCCCAAAGUACCUAAGAAGACAGACAAAGUUUUGCAGAUGAGCAAAGCUUUGAAUCCUGAUAGCCUUGCUCCAGGCUAUUCUGGACCUCUAAAGGCAGUGCCUCAUGAGAAGUUCAACAGCACAGCCAUCCCCAAAGGCUACCAGUGCCCUUGGUUGAAUAUUGUUGACCGGAGCUUCAACAGGACUCCAACCCCAUUUGGUGGGCUAUUACUGAAUGAUGUGUACCCAGUACCUGGAUUUGAGAUGAAUGAAGCUCAGACAGACACCAUGAGCAGCUUGGAACUGAUGUCGAAUAGACCCAGCUUCAACAAAGUACCGCGGGGCUGGGUACAGGCCAUGCCAGAAUCAGACGAACUGUAACUGACAUACUACUUAACACUGCUACCAGUCUCUUCUUAAGUGUCAAUCCAUGCUAGUCUUCCAGUUUACUGAUACAGAACCCUAAGAAGAAUCUCUUGAGCAUAGAAUAGAUACCCUAUGUAUCCACUAUAGACAGCAGCUCGUCAUGACAUAAACCCUUAAGCAAGCUCCCAUCUAGGGCCUUCUUAUACUCUUCUAAUGUGGAACUGAAGUGUACAAACCACUUAAUACAAAAAAAUUGUCAUGUUUUUGAUAAGGAUCCUACAGUGAA